AUGGCCAUUGAAAUUGUCGAUAGUCAUCACCAUCUGUGGUCAUUGUCACCAUCAAACCCUACUAAAUAUUCAUGGCUCCGUCCUGUGUCUGAGGGUGGCAUAGCCUGGCAUGUUGCAGGUGAUGUUGAGAGCUUAAAACAGAGUUAUUUAAUUGAUGAUUAUCUUCGGGAUGUAACGAAUCCUUCGUGCCAAUUAAUUAAAUCUGUUCAUGUCCAAGCUGAAGCUGAUGAUCCAAUCGAAGAAGUUAAAUAUCUUGAACAAGUUUCUAAUGAAAAUUCUCAUGGAUUUCCACAUGCUAUUGUGGCACAUGCUAAUUUAGCAUCAUUGGAAUUACCAAAAUUACUUGAAACUUACACGCGUGAUUACCCACGUGUUAAAGGUAUUCGGCAAUUACUUAAUUGGUCAAAUAAAGAUUCUCGCUUAUCAAUGACUGAUCGACCUGAUUAUCUAACCGAUAAAAAUUGGCUUGAAGGUUUUCAAUUACUUACAUCACAUUCAUUAUCAUUCGAUUUUCAUGUGUAUCCAUCGCAAAUGAUUGAUGCGUCGAAAGUAGCUCGACAAUAUCCAAGUGCAAUACUUAUUCUUGAUCAUUGUGGCUUACCUGUUGAUGGUAAAAAUGAUUUUGACAGUUGGAAAGAAGGCAUGAAACACAUGGCUGAGCAAUCGAAUGUUAUUUGUAAACUAAGUGGAUUAGUUAUGUUUAAUCAUGCAUGGUCAAAGGAAAUUUUAGCGCCCUAUAUCAUUGAGUGUCUUCGUUUAUUUACCCCGAAACGUUGUAUGUUUGGCUCGAAUUUUCCUGUGGAUAAAUUAAAUAUAACAUAUGAAGAACUUGUUAAUGUUUAUCGAGAUAUUGCAGAAAAUGAUGCUGGAUUAACAAAAGAUGAACUUGAAUUAAUAUUUAAACAAAAUGCAAUUAAAACGUAUCGAUUAUAG